AUGGCGCACCUCUGCAAACUCCCGGGACUCGGCCGUGAGACGGUGGAGCGCGUGGUGGAGCAGCUGAGCGCCAGCUCUCCGGACCGCGCGUCGGGCAUGCAACCGGGCGGCGGCCACCCCUUAGCUCCCCCAACAGGCGCCAUGGCCAUGGCUAUGGCUAUGGAUGGCGGCGGCGGCGGCGGCGGGGGGGAAGAAUACCAAUCCCAUGCGCAUCACCCGAGCUCCGCGGAACCCCCGCUGGGCGGACCGCUGCACCCCCUGACUGGGAGCUGUCAGAGUCCCGCCGGGCUGACCGGGAGCAGCAGCUACACUACUCUGACGCCCCUGCAACCGCCCCUGCCGCCCAUCUCCACCGUUUCGCCCAAGUUUCCUCACCAUCCCCAGUCACACCCGCAAGCGCAUCACAGGUUGGCGGGCAACUUUACUCUCUUGUCCGACAAUCUUUACCCCUCACCCUACCCCAAAGAAGUGGCCGGCCUGGGACAGACUCUCUCCCCAUUGGGCGGGCUCCACAACACCCAGCAAGCCCUGUCGCAUUACGCCGACGCCGGAGUCGCCAUGCCGGCCGAGAAAAUGCUUACCCCCAGCGGCUUCGAAGCGCAGCACCCACCCCUCUUAGCCCGGCCGGGUGACCAGCAUCUCACCCAGUCUACAGCAUGCCUGGUUCCGCUUGGCGGGAUCCCCCGACAACCUCACACCCAUCUGAGCGCCCGAGGGCACGGGCAGAUCCAGGCCUCCUCCAGGGAACCUAAGCCCGCCGCCGCCGCCGCCGCCGCGCAAGGGAGCGCUGGGAAUCACUCAGGGCAGCUGGAAGAGAUCAACACCAAGGACGUGGCCCAACGGAUCACCACCGAGCUGAAGCGCUACAGCAUCCCGCAAGCCAUCUUCGCCCAGAGGGUCCUCGGCCGCUCGCAGGGAACGCUUUCCGACCUGUUGAGGAACCCUAAGCCCUGGAGCAAGCUCAAAUCUGGGCGGGAGACCUUUCGCAGGAUGUGGAAGUGGCUGCAGGAGCCCGAAUUCCAGCGGAUGUCUGCACUCCGAUUGGCAGCUUGUAAACGGAAGGAGCAAGAUCAAGGGAAAGACCGAGGAAAUGCACUCAAAAAACCCAGACUGGUCUUUACUGAUGUUCAGCGCCGAACUCUCUAUGCAAUAUUCAAGGAAAAUAAACGUCCUUCCAAAGAAUUACAGAUCACCAUUUCCCAUCAGUUGGGGCUGGAGCUGAGCACCGUUAGCAAUUUCUUCAUGAACGCACGACGGAGGAGCCUAGAUAAAUGGCAAGUUGAGGGCUGUGCCGACUCAGGCAGUUUGUCCUCUUCUUCUAGCACUUGUACCAAAGCUUAA